UGUUAGGUGUUUUUUUCCAAGCAAUGCACCUAGUGAUCCCAAUCAAAUGGGUUUUUGGCGGGGCAAUGUGCCAGCAUUACUCAUGGUUAUGCCAUAUACGGCCAUACAAUUUACAGUUUUACAUAAGUUGAAGACUUUCGCAUCUGGUUCUUCCAAGACAGAGAAUCACAUUCAUUUGAGCCCAUAUUUAUCCUAUGUCAGCGGGGCAUUAGCUGGGUGUGCGGCUACCGUAGGGUCAUAUCCCUUUGAUCUGCUCCGAACUAUAUUGGCUUCUCAAGGUGAACCCAAGGUAUAUCCAAAUAUGAGAUCAGCAUUCCUUGAUAUAGUCAGGACUCGUGGCUUACAAGGCUUGUAUGCUGGAUUAUCACCUACACUAGUUGAGAUUAUACCCUAUGCAGGCCUACAAUUUGGCACCUAUGAUACAUUUAAGCGUUGGACCAUGGCAUGGAAUCGUUACAGAUAUUCCAAUACAAGCUUGUCCUCUAUAGAAGAUGGCCUCUCUAGCUUUCAGCUUUUUAUUUGUGGACUGGCCGCUGGGACGUGUGCCAAACUCGUCUGUCAUCCACUUGAUGUGGUGAAGAAAAGAUUUCAGAUUGAAGGUCUUCAAAGGCAUCCGAGAUAUGGAGCUCGAGUCGAGCAUCGUGCAUACCGAAACAUGCUUGAUGCUAUGCAACGGAUACUACUGUUGGAGGGUUGGGCUGGCCUAUACAAGGGGAUUGUCCCUUCAACUAUAAAAGCUGCACCUGCAGGUGCUGUAACAUUUGUUGCGUAUGAAUUGACUUCAGAUUGGUUGGAGUCCAUACUGGCAUGAUUUUUGACACUUAUAUUUUUUCUAUGAUUAUUCAAAUCAUUUUUUGGCCAAGCUCUAGAAGUUUAGAUUGUUAAAUCCCUCAUAGGAUAGGAAGAAAGCAAGAUGAACAUGCUGAUUUACUCUAGUCAUACUCGUAUGGGUGAAGCUGAUAAGAUGACAAGUGGUUCUUAUGAUGGAGGGAAGUUCAUAGACAAAGCUGAUCAUAGUAUACUGUUUUUUCUUUUUCUUUUUUUUCUUUAUCCCUGUGGAAACUGUCAAUGGUAGAUUCAUACGGUUCAAAUGGCUCUUAGUAUUGAUGUCAAAUAAAUUUUUUUUUUUUUCAUACAUUGAGUUUGAGAAAUGAGUGUUUAUUUAUUAUUUUAUAAUUGUGAUUUGUUAUUGUAAGUUGAAUUGAAUAUUGAUUUUGAUAUCCAAAAGCAAAUCAAAAGCAAAUUUUGCAAAA